GAAGAAUCAAGCUAUCGUAAAUUAUCACUUAAAGAAAUUUACUUCGCGACUGACAAUCUCAGCAUGUCUAACUUCAUAGGUCAAGGCAUAGCUGGAAAAGUAUACAAAGGAAUUCGGGCAGAUGGACAAUAUGUGGCAAUUAAGCAUAUAAUUAAGGAUGAACAGAUGGAAACACUGGUUAGAGAAGUUACAAGCCUCUCGCAUAUCUGCCAGCUUUGAAGCCAAACUCUCAAACUUUGGUUUAUCCAAAAUUAUUAGCAUUGUUCACUCUUAUGCUAGCUCAGAAGUGAGAGGAACUUUUGGUUAUGUUGAUCCUGAGUACCAAAAGAAUCGACACGUUAAUUCUUAUGGUGAUGUCUAUAGGUUUGGGAUAGUGCUGCUACAACUAUUAUCUGGACAAAGGGUUAUCAACUUGGAUUUGCAGAAUCCAAUGCCUCUAAGUAAAAUGGCGAAAAACUUGACGAAAGGUGGGAACAUCAAAGAAUUUGUUGAUCCCAAAAUGGAGGGGAAAUUCUCAAUGGAGGCUUUUGAACUUAUACUUAAGUUAGCUUUGGUUAGCAUAGGGCUGAAGCAGCAACGGCCAUCCAUGGAACAAGUGGUUGUUAAACUCGAAGAGGCUCUUGAUUUAUCGACAAGAGUUGAUUCAGUCCAUUUUUAGUGCACAUACACUUUAUCUGGUUAAGUCCAGAUUGAAUCUGAUGAAUAUAAUAGCUUAAGUA